AAAAGAAAUGGUUAAUUGAAGGCAAAAAGGCCUAAUCUCGCGUUUAAAUUUAACAGUAACUUUAACUUUUCGGUGUUGCACACUUUGAUGGCGCGCUUUCAACAAUGGAAACAAUGGCGUCCUCCCCCAGCCGUUGUGAAGAAAAGUCGAAUCCGGCGGUCAAUGACUCCAACUCGAACCUAACAGAAGACUCUGGCGAUGAGGCGGAUGAGACCUCAAGUGUUGGGAGCACUUCGACGACGUCCAGGAGCGACACCCCCACAAACAGGGUGCGGAAAGGACGGCGGGGUAAGAAAAAAUUCAACCCGCUUAAAGUCCCCAAACCGAUUUACAAGUUUACGUGUAAUAUUAAGGAGGAUCAUGGACAGCCACUUUUUGGCACCCAGUUCAACCACCACUUGAAAGAAGGCCAACCGCUGAUUUUUGCAGCCGUUGGGAGUAACAGGGUUACGAUUUAUGAGUGUCCUGAGGGGAAUGGGAUCAAGCUUUUGCAGUGUUUUGCUGAUCCUGAUUUAGAUGAGAAUUAUUACACUUGUGCCUGGACUUAUGACGAAGAGACGGGGAAGCCCCUUUUGGCGGUUGCUGGUUCAAGAGGCAUAGUUAGGAUUUUGAAUCCGGCGUCUAUGACCUGCAUGAGGCAUUAUAUAGGCCAUGGGCAUGCGAUUAACGAGUUGAAGUUUCAUCCAAGAGACCCCAAUUUGUUGCUGUCUGUGUCCAAAGACCACGCUCUGAGGUUGUGGAAUAUUAAGACUGAUGUCUGUAUUGCCAUUUUUGGGGGUGUUGAGGGGCACAGAGAUGAGGUUUUAAGUGCUGAUUUUGACUUGUUGGGCAACAGAAUCAUGUCUUGUGGCAUGGACCACUCGUUAAAAUUAUGGAAAUUAAACAAGGAGAGUAUGAGGGAGGCUAUUAAACAGUCGUACCAAUGGAACACGACUAAGAGCACAAGACCAUUCAAUUCAUUAAAGGAACAUUUCCCUGACUUUUCCACUAGAGACAUUCACAGAAAUUACGUAGAUUGCGUGCGUUGGUUUGGUGAUUUUGUUUUGAGUAAAUCGUGCGAAAACUGCAUCGUGUGUUGGAAGCCAGGACGUCUGGAAGAUGAUAAUUUGCGAAAGGGUGAAACCACGUCCACUGUCAUUCACAGAUUUGAGUACAAAGAAUGUGAAAUUUGGUUUGUGAGAUUUGCUAUGGAUUUUUGGCAAAAAAUUUUGGCUUUGGGUAAUCAGACUGGCAAAAUUUUUGUGUGGGAUUUAGACGUUGAUGAUCCAGCUCAAGCCAAAUGUUACACUCUACAGCACCCUAGAUGCGCUACAGCAAUCCGACAAACUAGUCUCAGUAGAGACGCCAAUAUUUUAUUAUGUGUGUGUGAUGACGGGACAAUUUGGAGGUGGGAUAAAGUAGCGUAACUACUUCCCGCUUUGUAUUUUUUACGAUAAAAUAAACUAUUUAAAUUGAA